AUGUGUGGCCUUUGCAGGUGGAAGAUGUUAUUUAUUGGCUUCUGGUUUCAAGCUUUUUUGUCAGGAUCAUGUGCUAAUAAUGGAAAUAUCUGGCGUGUCAGUCAGCUCUCGAAUGAAGAUGUUCUGGUCCUGGAGGAUGAGGAGAAUCCUAAAUGUUUCACUCGCACUGGAGGCGAUUUCACGUGCUUUUUGGAGACCGCAGACAACAAAACUUUUGAUUUCUUCUACAGUCUUUCAAAUGUGCCAAGAACAAGAUGUGACAUGUCUUUCCAUGGAACAGAAGAUGGAAGAUUUCUGCAUGUCUGCUCAUUUCCCCAGAAACAUGUCUAUUUGCACACCAACAUAUUAAUUCACGUGGUGGACCGCCCCAACAACACCGUCCGCUAUAGUCGAAUAGUGAGCGUGGAAGAUCAUUAUCUUUUGAAACCCCCUUUCAAUGUAUCUGUAAAGCCAAAUGGCCACGUGGGGCAGCUGGAUGUUUCCUGGGAUGCAGAAGCCGUGGAACACAUGGAGGAGGAAGACGAGUUCAGAAUCCAAUACUUCUCCAAGUCUUUUGGAAAAAAGACAACACAAGGAAAGAAGAAACACCUCCAGCUCUCUCUGGCACCAGGUGAGGAGGUCCAAGUCCAGGUUGCAGUGAAAUUAGCCUUUUCAUCAGAUACUGGGCACUGGAGCAGGUGGUCCCAACCUGUGAGAGCCUCAGUUCCCCAAAGUGCAGAUGAAAUAUCUCUUGGUUGCACCUUUGACCUGCAAAAUGUUACCUGUCGCUGGAAUGGAACUGCACACGGAGCAAAAAGCAUCGACAAACUUUUCUACAAGAUGAAUUUUGGGGAACCUUUGCAGUUGACUGAAUGGGCCGAGUGUCUGCCUGAUGGGAAAGUCAGCAACACGUGUUAUUUCCACGGAGAUAACUUAAAGAAAAUAAAGAUACAGCUCAGCAGAAAUUCAGAUUCAAUCAACCGAACUUUCUUUAGUGAACCGUUGACGCUCAACAACCUGAUUAAAACAGUUCCACCACGCCACCUGAAAGGUGAGCUGAGGAAAGACAAGUUGUGUUUGGAUUGGGAAGCUCCUCUUCUGUCUCUGUCGAGCCAUCUGCAGUACGAAAUUAACGUCCAGGUCAAAGGAGGCGAACGGUGGAGCAUGAUAAAGGGCACCGACACUAACACGUGUGUGAAGGUCCUGUCUGGUUCCCAGUUCAGUGUUAAAAUUAGAGCUAAACCAACUGGACCCAUUUACUCAGGCUACUGGAGUGACUGGUCGGAUGUGUUGACCGGUGAAACCGCAGCUGACACAGACUUGUUGCUCCUUUGGUAUAUCCUUGUCCCCCUGCUGACCAUAGCCAUCACCUUCAUCUGCAUUGUUUGUUAUUUCCGCAGCAAGCUCAAGCAGUAUUUUUGGCCAGCAGUGCCCAAUCUUGAAAAGGUUCUGCACGGCUUCCUGACAGACAUCAACCAGCAGAAAUGGGGUCCACCUGUCAUGACUAAGCAGUGUUUUGAAGAAGCCACGUCAUCAGUGGUAGAGGUCAUGUCUGAAGGUGAGAUUCCAGGAUCAGAAAAGUCCUCAGAAGAAUUUUCUGAACUCAUGUCAUCUGAUGGACACUUCUCCACCCAAGAUGGAGAUCCUGGGACUGAAGUCCUACCAGACUAUGUGACUCUGAACAAAGAUCUGACUUUUAUCUGCGAUGGAGAAAACAGUUACGUUUAUGAGCAGCUUCCAAAGAAAGAAGACCCUUAUGUAGGAGACAGCUUCCUCCAAACAUGCUGCACUGAUGGUUCAGCAGGCAACAACUACGUCAACCAUUUCUACCUAACUGUGUCCAAGUCUGCAGAAACGUUAAACAGUAAGGUCAAUGCUGAAACUGCUCCAGGAAACAACUACGCCAACCUUCCCCGGAGAUAA